CAGCUAGCUAAAUUGAUUAGCCAUUAGAAAAAAUAAUAAAUUAUAUUUUGGGUAAAACUUUUUAAAAUAUAUAAUGUCUGAGAAAACUGAGGAAAAUUCACUUGGGUCACCAUCUGUAGAUAUUUUGGGAAUCUGUAAAACACCCAAACAACUAGAAUCGCUAAUGGAGAUCAGUAGUAGUUCAGUCAAUUCGAAUACUACUGAACUGCCCCUGUAUAGGCAACAGGAAGUGGAACGAAUCGUUCAGAAGACUCUGAAAGAAUUUAAGAACAAGGGAUACUUCAAUGAUAUAGACGAAAAUAAGCUAAUGAGUUUAAUCGUUCCCAAAGUGUUAAUGGAGCUGCAAGUCAAUGAGCAAUUGUAUGAUGAGAUGCAAGGCAUUAAGCAAACACUAAAUUCCUACAUCCAACACUCUAGGGCGGUGAGCGAUGAUAUUGCUGAGAUAUUUCUAGACUUGCACAAUAUCUAUUCAAAACUAGAAAAGUUUGACAACGUUGAUAAACGCGAUAAGCUCUUCAAAAGUGAACAAUUGACCAGACGGAUACAAGAAGCGGAAGACUACUUAGAAUCUAAAAAACACUUUAUUACUAAUGAUGUCCCCAUCCCGUCUAGCACUUCAACCAACUCCAAUGUCGCAUAUUCAAAUGAAAGUGAGGAAGACGAAGAUAUAAUAUCUAGCGAUAUAAGACAAGCCGACAAGGAAGUCUUUCUUACAAACAUGUUAAUGGUAAAAAAGUCGGAUUUUUCCGUUGGACUCAACCGAAAUAAGCAAUUCUACACCGAAGCCGAAAGAGUGCUAAGGACUCAAAACAGCCCCCAAUAAGAACAGCUUUAAGGGAUCCUUAUAAAAAUUUAAAUAAUGUGAGGACUUCCACGAAUAAUUAAAGACACACUAAAAUCUUUAUACGUGUAACUUCAACCCACAUCGAUUUUGUGCCGCAAGAGCUUAGUAAACAAUACAAAAGUGCAAAUUUUUUGUGGCAAACCACUUUGAAUCACUUUUCCACCUGACAAAUACUUUUUCUCCUGAAAUGUAUCUGUCUCCGUAUCUGUCUCAUUCGUUUAUGGCUGGCAAUUUGCAUAACGUCAGCAUCCCUGCCAAGCAUUUCUUUCCGCAGUGUUCUUACAUUCCAUUAGCUGUCUUCACUGUUGCUCCACCUUUAGCAACAAGUCGUUCAACUGAGCUCAAUUGUUAUGCAUUUAAUCCAAGAAACUCAGCAAAAGUGAAUUAGUAACAUUU